CGCGCCGGGGGCUCGCGGUUGCCCCGGUUACGCCCAGGCACGUGUGCAGUCCCGGGAGCGGCUCCGGGAAGCUGCCCAGCGCGCGCAGCCGGAGGAAGCGCAGCCCGGUCCGCUGGGGUCGGGCCCGGCUGGGCCAUGGAGCCGUUACCUGAGCCCGUGUCCCUGCCCCAGCCCGUGCCCCGCUGUUUUCUGCUUUUUCCCCUGUUAUUACUGCUGCUGCUGCUACUGCCGGCCCCACAGCUGGGCCCGAGGCAGGCCCGAGCAGAUGAGACCGACUGGGUUCGGCUGCCCAGCAAAUGCGAAGUGUGUAAAUAUGUUGCUGUGGAGCUGAAGUCAGCCUUUGAGGAAACCGGCAAGACCAAGGAGGUGAUUGACACGGGCUACGGCAUCCUGGACCGCAAGGCCUCCGGAGUCAAAUACACCAAGUCCAUUUCAGAGCCCCUAGACCAGAUGACCUAUCUUCCUUCCAGCCCUGACUUCCCGUUGGCCCUCUUGUGCUGCUGUCUCGGCAGGGACUUACGGUUAAUCGAAGUCACUGAGACCAUCUGCAAGCGGCUCCUGGACUACAGCCUGCACAAGGAGAGGACUGGCAGCAACCGGUUUGCCAAGGAGCUUUCUUGCAACAAGACUCAUAUUUCUUUGUCUCCGCAUCUUCCGUGCCUGGGCAUGUCAGAGACCUUUGAAACGCUACACAACCUGGUGCACAAAGGGGUCAAGGUGGUGAUGGACAUCCCUUACGAGCUGUGGAACGAGACCUCGGCGGAGGUGGCCGACCUCAAGAAGCAGUGUGACGUACUGGUGGAGGAGUUCGAGGAGGUGAUCGAGGACUGGUACAGGAACCAUCAGGAGGAGGACCUGACACAGUUUCUCUGUGCCAACCACGUGCUGAAGGGCAAGGACACCAGCUGCCUGGCAGAGCAAUGGUCUGGCAAGAAGGGGGACACAGCCGCCUUGGGCGGGAAGAAGUCCAAGAAGAAGAGCAGCAGGGCCAAGGCCGCUGGUGGCAACAGCAGCAAACAGAGGAAGGAGCUGGGUGGCCUCGAGGGAGACCCCAGCCCUGAGGAGGACGAGGGCAUCCAGAAGGCAUCCCCCCUCACACACAGCCCCCCUGAUGAGCUCUGAGCUGAACCCAGCGGCUCCUGCUGACCAAGACCGCUGACCCGGAAGCAGAAGGGUCUGGGCUAUGGCUCUGGCCUCAGGCCUGCCUGCCUCGGCUGUGCCUCUUCCUGCUGCAGACAGACUCCAGCCCUGGAAGAACUCAGAUCAGCUGCAGCUGGCCCGGGCCGUCCUCUUCCCUCUGCCCACGGAGCGCCCCUCUCCUGACACAGGCUUCAGACAGGACUGCCGAGGACUCAGCAUGGACUCGGGUGGGCAGGGUUCGGAGCUGGACCCCAGGACUGCAGCUUGGAGCCUGUCACCCCCUCACUCCUCCCGGCACCAGGAAGCGAGACGGAGACCCCCAGCUCCUCCUCUGCCCACCCUCUUGUGGACAAUUUGUGCUCUGCCCGGCCCUCCCCAGGGCUCACAGAGUAAAAACCAUUUGGCCUUUUUCGUCCCAA